UAUCACAUUCCACAGAAAUUUUCAAUUAGAAUCUCCUGAAAUUUUCCGUCAGCGCGGGGCGGGGCGGGACGUUGCCAUGGCGACCCUCGCGUGCCACCGUCAACAAACAAGCAAGGCAGGAAUGUGCCUCAACGCGCCUCAGUCAGCCUGACAAGGACACCAGCGGGAGGCCUUCCAGUGGGAGGCAGCGCGGCCCUUAGGCUGCCUUCAUGAGAACAGACAACACUACAGCUGAGCUGACUGGGACAGGAGGGGCGCCGCGCCGCAUCAUAUGAGCCGAGGAGUGUUGGCGCCUAAGACUGGCGAUGUUUCAGGCAGCAGCAGCACUUGAGAGCUGUGACUACGAUGAAGUAACAGAAGUGUCUGUGAAUGAGGCAUCUGAGGGAGGCCUUUCUCUGGUGCACCAUUCCAGUGCCUUUCUGGACACACCCGCCCUCCCGCCUCACCACCAGCUUGGGGACCCUCCAGCAGAAGGUCCUGAAGCAGCACCAGAGCGCAGCCAGCCCCAGCCAGGCGCCGCCACCAUAGCCACAGCCACAGCCAUGACGACAGCCGAGGAGGAGAAGAUGGAGCCAAAGGAGGAACAGGCGGGCGAGCCCCUGCAAGAGCCUCCCUCAGCUAGUGAUGGUGAUGGUGGUGAUGGUGGUGAUGGUGGUGAUGGUGGUGAUGGUGGAGAAUUGUGGGGAGAGGUUGAGGAGGGAGGAGGAGACAUGAUCGAUCCUCAGGGAAAUGAGAACAGUGAUUUCCAGCCAGGCCCCUCUCAUGCUCCGCCUCCCCCCCACCUCGCUCCCUCCUCCCCCCACCACCAGGAGCAUCCCCGCUUCCAUUUGGGGAGGUCCGAAGGCGAUGAUGAUACGGAUGAGGACAACAUGGGAGAAACUGCUGGGUUGAGUGACAUAGCAGGGAUGGGCGGCCCCGGCCAGCCCAUGCCUCUCGCCCACCCGGCAAGCAUGCCCAGCGGCGACGACGAUGAUGACGAUGAUGAUGAAGAGGAUGGCCAGGCCCCAGCUCCUGAAGGGGCGUACGAUCCAGCGGACUACGAGCACUUGAGCGUCACUCCAGAGAUCUCAGAGCUGUUCUCGUACAUCACCCGCUACACGCCCCAGGCUAUCGAGCUGGAGCACCGCCUGCGGCCCUACAUCCCGGACUACAUCCCGGCCGUGGGGGACAUUGAUGCCUUCAUUAAGAUCCCGCCUCCUGACGACAAGGUGUCCAUGGUGGGGCUAGAGGUGCUGGAUGAGCCCAGUGCACGCCAGAGUGACGCCACAGUGCUGGACCUGCAGCUGCGGGCACUCGCCAAGCACACCACCGCGAAGUCUAUGUCAGUGAAGACAGUGGAGAAUGCCGAGAAGAAUGGCAAGGUGAUAGAGAAGUGGGUACGUGACAUCAGUGAGCUGCACAGAAGUAAGCCUCCGCCCACCGUCCACUACAGCAAACGCAUGCCAGACAUUGACAGCCUGAUGCAGGAGUGGCCGGGGGAGCUGGAGGAACUGUUGAAGGAGGUCAACCUGCCCACGGCUGCACUGGAACUGGAACUCCCAAACUAUGUGGACAUCAUUUGUUCCAUAAUGGACAUUCCCGUAUACAAGAGCCGUGUCCAGUCUCUGCACGUCCUCUUCACCCUCUACUCGGUCUUCAAGAACUCGGCGCACUUCAGACAGCUGGCGGAGGAAAACUACAUAGACAACGAAGACUCAACUGCCGAACAGCUUGUCAUGCAGUGAGGGCGGCUGGCUGGAGGGAAGUGUCGCGUUAAGUACUGGCAUCUAGAAGCAAAUAGUACACAUUUGAUCAUCUCUGUAUGUGAAUAUUCGGAGGGAGCAAUGAAUGAACACUACACACAUACCUACAUGCACAGUUAUUGAUAAGACUGAGAGAUUUAUCAAAACAUCAUAAAGAGAUCAGAUAAAUAGCAUACUUUCCACCCUGCCCAUCGUGAGUAAAGAAUAGUAAACUGGAGGUGCAGUGUGACAUAUCUGAGUAGAGAGUGAGUGGCGCAUUGUAUAAUUGCCAGUAGUGGUUUAGCUUUCUUGGGAUCUAAGCAGCCUUAUCGUGUGGGGGGGGGGGCUCUCUCUGUGUGUGUGUGUUUUAGCGAGUGGCAAGUCAGCUUAUAUAUCUAUGGCAGCUGAGAACAAAACCUGUAAUAAGAGAAAAUAUGAAGUAAAGUUUUUUUUUUAUUAUUCUUUUGGGAUCACCUCAGAGAAAGUGUUUAUUAUUGGUCGUUUGAGUGAUGUGUGCAGCCACUUCAUGGGAGUGUGGGGUCAGACCUUCAUCUGCCAUCGCGUGUCUGCUUCUUGCCGUGUACCAGCACCACAGCAGCACCGUAUUGAAGCCUGUGAUGUAUGCUACCUAACGCACUGCAAAUAUAGAUUACUACAUGUG